UAUUUUUAAUGGUUGAAAUUUGUGAUUCAUGGACUACCAUAAAAGAAUGGCCCAUGUCUAUAAACAAGCUCAAAGUAACCUGUUGCUACUAGGAGAGCUCCGAAACAGCGCAAGGACUAAUGCAGAGGAGGGUGUUUGGUUGUGGCUUGAAGCGAAAUUGUGCCAAUCGUACCCGCAAGCAUUUCUACAGGAGGUAUACUGAAAGUUCAAUGUUAUCUCGAGUUCUUGACUCUUUCAAAUCGAUAAAGACAAGCAGCAGGAACGCGUAAUGAUAUUUCCUACCUAAAACCAUAUGAUACAAAUUAAGAGAGGACUAUCACACUAGUAAGAAAAGACGUAGAGACUUAAAACUGCUGCCUUGGGAUGUCUAUAUGUAUGCCUCUCAAGUCCUUGAUUAUCCCAACUCAUUUUCAGUUCUUCUUCACCAAGAUUAUCAUUAUCUGGGAGCCUGUGCUGACUGCAUUGCAGCCCUAUGGCCAUGGAAACUAAAUCAUGCCAACAGCUUCAUAUCUUCUUUCUUCCAUUCAUGGCUCGCGGCCACAGCAUACCCCUUACAGACAUAGCUAAACUAUUUUCUUCUCAUGGGGCAAGAUGCACCAUAGUAACCACUCCCCUCAAUGCACCACUCUUCUCCAAAGCAACCCAAAGAGGUGAAAUUGAACUUGUUCUCAUUAAGUUCCCAUCUGCUGAAGCAGGGUUGCCUCAAGAUUGCGAAAGUGCCGACUUGAUUACUACACAAGACAUGCUGGGAAAAUUUGUCAAAGCCACCUUUCUAAUUGAACCACAUUUUGAGAAGAUUUUAGAUGAACAUCGACCUCAUUGCCUUGUUGCUGAUGCUUUCUUUACUUGGGCUACAGAUGUUGCUGCCAAGUUUCGAAUUCCAAGGCUGUAUUUCCAUGGAACUGGUUUCUUCGCAUUGUGUGCUUCAUUGAGUGUGAUGAUGUAUCAACCUCAUUCUAAUUUGUCGUCUGAUUCAGAAUCUUUUGUCAUUCCUAAUCUCCCCGAUGAAAUCAAGAUGACUAGAAGCCAACUACCUGUGUUUCCUGAUGAGUCAGAAUUUAUGAAGAUGCUCAAAGCAUCUAUAGAGAUUGAAGAAAGGAGCUAUGGGGUUAUUGUUAACAGCUUUUAUGAACUAGAACCAGCUUAUGCAAAUCAUUACAGGAAGGUGUUUGGGCGGAAGGCAUGGCAUAUCGGCCCUGUUUCAUUCUGCAACAAGGCAAUAGAGGAUAAAGCAGAGAGGGGAUCAAUAAAAAGCUCGACUGCUGAGAAACAUGAGUGUUUGAAAUGGCUUGACUCAAAGAAACCCCGUUCGGUUGUUUAUGUAUCAUUCGGAAGCAUGGUCCGUUUUGCUGAUUCUCAGCUACUAGAAAUCGCAACAGGCCUUGAGGCUUCUGGACAAGACUUCAUUUGGGUUGUGAAGAAAGAAAAGAAAGAAGUAGAAGAGUGGUUGCCUGAAGGAUUUGAGAAGAGAAUGGAUGGUAAGGGACUGAUCAUAAGAGAUUGGGCUCCUCAAGUGCUGAUUCUUGAGCAUGAAGCAAUAGGAGCAUUUGUGACUCACUGUGGGUGGAACUCUAUCCUAGAAGCAGUGUCUGCCGGAGUUCCAAUGAUCACGUGGCCAGUGUUCGGCGAGCAGUUUUACAAUGAGAAGUUGGUGACUGAGAUACAUAGGAUUGGGGUUCCUGUUGGUUCUGAAAAAUGGGCUUUCUCAUUUGUGGAUGUAAAUGCAGAGACAGAAGGGAGGGUGAGGAGGGAGGCCAUAGAGGAGGCUGUGACUAGAAUCAUGGUGGGUGAUGAAGCAGUGGAAACGAGAAGCAGAGUGAAAGAGCUUGGGGAGAAUGCAAGGAGGGCUGUUGAAGAAGGUGGAUCAUCUUUCUUGGAUUUGUCUGCUCUAGUCGGAGAGUUGAACGACCUAGCUUUUGGAGGCUUAGUUGAAUGACUUGAAUCCCAACACCAGUACACUAAUUGAGUUGCAGUAAUCUUAAAUUUCACUUGAACUCUUUUGCCUUCUUGUUGUCCCAAGUUUUCUAAGAAUUUGUAGGUGAUAUAAAUUUGCUAGCUGCAGUACUGAACUAUGAGUUUGUCUCGUGCUUAAUGUGAUAUUGAGCUCUUACUAAUUAUGUGG